ACGAGCGAGGUAAGGGUCCACUGAAAUUUACAGCCUCGCAGCCUCGCAUCAUAGGCGCAUCGCAACUCUAAUAACCGUAAUCGAAAGGCACAUUGAACCCGCCACACGUGGCGUAGACGUCUCUUGCAAAACUCCUUCGAACAAAGCAAACAGGCACGAACGAAUUCGAACCGAACGACAACUGUCCGUUACCCGAGCAUGGUCUGUCGCGCCGCGACAUCCUAGGACCUGACCACGAACGAACGUCGCGAUGGCACCCUCAGCAACAGGCGAAAUCCCCCCUCUGCCGGCACCUCCCCAGAGAACGUACCCAUCUGCGAAGGUUUUCCCCGUGAAGGAGGCCAAGUUCGAGAAGCCAAUUCCGGUGCAGCACGAUGGACGGGAGAAGGCAAUGGCGCAGCCCUCCGGGGGCGCAGCCAUCGUCAUCGACAACGGCUCUUCUGCGGUACGCGCAGGAUGGUCCUUCGAGGAUAAUCCGAGGUUGAACAUCCCCCCCAUCAUGUCCAAGUACCGCGAUCGAAAAGCUGGCAAGACGUACUCCUUCGCCGGCAGCGAUUGCUACGCCGACACGACGGCAAGAAGCCAUAUCCGGUAUGCACACGAGCAAGGGACGGGAAUAAUCAGCAACUGGGAUGUCAUGGAACACGUCCUAGACUACAUCUUCCUCAAGCUUGGGUUGAACGGCGACGAUGCGUCCAUCGACAUGCCCAUCGUCAUGACGGAGACAGUGGCCAACCUACCUUACUCCCGAAAAUCAAUGACGGAAAUCGUCUUUGAAUGCUACGGCGCGCCGUCACUGGCAUACGGUAUCGAUUCGCUCUUCUCGUACGCACACAACAAGGGGAACACGGGCAUAGUCGUUUCGUCGUCUUACACCUCCACGCAUGUAAUACCCGUCUACAACCACAAGGCGAUGUUGAAUCAGGCAACGAGGCUGAACUGGGGAGGGUGGCACGCCGCAGAGUACCUGCUGCGGCUGAUCCGACUGAAAUACCCUGCCUUCACUGGGAAGCUCAACGUAUCGCAGGCCGAGCAUAUGCUUCGUGACCACGCAUACGUCUCGAAGGACUACGACAACGAGCUGCGGGGAUAUCUGGACUGGACCGGACUUGAGGACCGGGAUAUCGUCAUUCAGUACCCCUUCACGGAGGAGGUGAUUGUGCAGAAAACCGAGGAGGAGCUGGCACGCAUCGCCGAGCGGAAGAAGGAGAGCGGCAGACGCCUACAGGAGCAAGCGGCAAAGAUGCGCCUGGAGAAGCUCAUGCGGAAGGAGAACGAGCUCGAAUCACUCAAGAAGCUUCAAGCCAAGCUGGAGCAGCAGACCAAUAAGAAAGAUAUCAGGCGGCUGCUGGACAGUAACGAUCUCAAGGACGAAGCGGCCCUGGAAAGGGCCAUCGCAACCUUGGAGAAGGCGGUCAAAAAGGCGCGGACCAAGGAUGUCGGCGGUGACCCGACGGAGGAGCAGCAGGAGCCCGUGUUCGACCUCUUGGAUGUGCCGGACGAGGAGCUGGACGACGCCGGCCUCAAGGCCAAGCGCCAGCAGAAGCUCAUGAAGUCGAACCACGACGCGCGCGCGCGCGCCAAGGCCGAGAAGGAGGCCGAGAAGGCUCGCAUUGAGGAGGAGAAGCGGCUGGACGAGGAGCGCCGCGAGAACGACCUCGAGGGUUGGCUCGAAGAGAGGCGCCAGGCCCGUGCCGUCACGCUCCAGAAGAUGAAGGAGCGCGAGCGUCUCAAGCAGGACCUCGGCAACCGCAAGUCGCUCGCGUCGCAGAUCCGCAUGAAGAGCAUCGCCAAUCUCGCCUCGGACAACCCGACCAAGAAGCGCCGCCGCGGCGGCGACGACGACAACUUUGGCGCCAACGACGACGACUGGGGCGUGUACCGCCAGAUCACCGUCGGCGACAACAGCGACGACGAGCAGGAGGAGGAGAACCUCGAGGCGAACCUCAAGACGUACGAGGAGGACCUGCUCCGCUACGACCCCGACUUCACGUACGAGCACACCCACGAAGCGCAGACAGACUGGUCCAAGUCGAUGCUGCACGCUUUCACGCGCGGCCCGCGGCCGUUCGACGCCGGCUCACAGGCCGAGUUAAACCAGAUUCACCUCAACGUUGAGCGCAUCCGCGUGCCCGAGGUUGUGUUUCAGCCAUCCAUCGCCGGCGUCGAUCAGGGAGGUCUCGUCGAGAUCGUCGGCGACAUCCUCAACCAGCGCCUCGGCGGCGUCCCCAACCGCGACGACUUCCUGAGGGACGUCUUCCUCACGGGCGGUAACAGCCUAUUCCGCGGCUUCGACGACCGCCUCCGCCAGGGCCUGACGCCGCUGCUCCCGGCCGGCGCGCCCCUCGCCAUCCGCCGCGCCCAGGACGCUCUCAAUGACGCCUGGAAGGGCGCUGCUGGGUGGGCGGGCUCAUCCGCGUGGAAGGCCGCCACCAUCACGCGGGAGGAGUACCAGGAGAAGGGCUCCGAGUAUAUCAAGGAACACGACCUCGGCAACAUGUCGUAUGUAUGAUCAGUCAAUCGGAAACAGAGGCGCUUCGUAGCACGGCAGGUCUAAGGGCAGAGGAACAUGAGUGGGACGCGGGGAAGACAUCAAUGCUGUGGGGUUUUCGUUUAUCCGUUUAUUUUCAAAUCGACGAGAAAAGAAAAAAAAAGCAGGCUUCAUUGCCUUUCUUUGUACGAUCUGCGUGCCGUUCCACUCCAAACCUGCACCCUCCUGAUUCUGGAUCAAGUCGCGUCACCACGUGGGCAGCAUCUAUCAGGUAGUGAGUGAGAAGGCAAAGUGAUUCAGCGAAGACUAUCUGCGACGGGGAACCGGGUCUAGCCGAGGCCAACCAGGUCGUGCUGGUGAAAGCCGGCCAACGCAAGACCUCUUCCCAUGCCAUAUGGGGCCACCGGCGUAGGAACCGUCACAUACAAACAAUGAUCAGGGUUGCUGCCGAGCGGUUUUCAUCAAGCCCUCCUCCAAAUCCCUCACUUGACACGCUCGCUCUCGUGCCAACAUCGCGACAACCACAACAACUACCGCUCCCCGUCCUCUCCCUUUUGAUGAAGAACCACAGCCCGAGGGCAUCGUAACGAAACACCUGCAAAAUGUGGGUAGAAGAAACCAUGCCGGUAACGCCAGUCCACUAGUAAUAUCUUGACAAACCAUUGUACCGCAACGCCAGCGACGUGAAAACCAAUGAGAUUGUAAUGCGACGCGCCUUUGUUCCUCAAGCGCAUUCACAUGGAGGCAGUUGGGGCUGGGAGGCCGUCAGGCAGCUGGGGAUCAAUCUCCUCGCUCUCCCGCCGCGCUUCGUCCUUAACCUGCUCGGCCUGGAAGCCUUUGCUUGUGAACUGUUGUCUCUCUGCUAGCUGCUCUUGAGCCUGCAGCCCCGCCACUGCUUGCGCAACAGCUUCCAGAGGACCGGCGCCCCCAUUGCUGGGCGCGACCUCUGGACCACUUGUAGGAACCGCGGCAGGAGGCGGCAUGGGCGGGUGCUGAAGGUUGACGUUGGGGGGAGGUUGAGGAACUUCGCCCUGGACAUCAAGCAAGCGUGACUGAAGGUGAAUCACGUACUCGCGCAAGGCGUAAUUCUCCGACUGCGUCGCCUUGUACUGCUGCUCCAUCUCCAUAUAGUCUCGGACUUGCUGCUCGAGCUUCUUGAUGUACCCCUCCUUGCGCUGGCGGAAAGCCCUCUGUAGUGCAUCAGGUCAGCGCGAGCCCUUUGGCAAGUAGUAAACGAAGCUGGGUAUUGCGGGCUUGGCAGCAGUGGGUGGCCGGGCAGUCUGGCUGACGUGACUCUGCAUCAUGCGCGAGGUGACCAAGCGCCAUUGAUCCCGAGUCGUCUCUCAUUGUGUGUACAUACCUGGGCAGCUCGGUUUUGUGCGGCGCGCUUAGAUUGCGACAGCUCGCGCUUGGCUUUGCGGCCCUCGGCGGUCUCGUCCAGCGCCAUGCCUGACGGGGGGGAGUGGAUCGGAGGCGCUGUAGAUGGUCCGGCAGUCGUCGGAGGCGGUGCAAUCUGUUGCUGUUGCUGCGGCUGUUGAGGCUGCGGCGGCGGCGGCGGUUGCUGCUGCUGCUGUUGCGGUUGAGAAGAUACGCCAGCGGGCAUCAUGUUGACGGCUGGCGCGUGGGCAGCUCGAGCUCGGAGAUCAGGAUGGAUAUGCGCUUCGGAGUCGGCGUGGUUGUUGGCUAUCGGCGGCAAGACGGGUGGCGAGGUCGAGCCGUUACUAUAGCCAUGAGCAGGCGACGCGCUCGAUGGGUUGGAAGAUUGAGAACGAGCUCCGCGGGAUGGGACCGUCGCGUUGUCUGACGAGUUAGGCGUGGUGUGCUUGCUUAGUAGCUCAAGCUGCGCGUGCAAGUGGGCGUCUGUGGAUAGGACAUGUCAUGUCAGCAACGAAUGUCGAAGCUCUGUGCGAAGCCAAGACUUGUCAAAAGCGGAUGGCCUGAGGGGAAGUGAAAUACGGAGCUGUUUCUGGUUGAUGUAGUAUAGGGAAUUGCAGCUCGAUGGAAUUCCAGGGAGUUGUGAAGUGACCGUAGUAGCAGGGGUCUGGGAGGGUCUGGAAGAUGCGCCGUGAUGUGUAGUAGGUGCAAGAACUAGCCGACUGAGCCGUAGCUGAGUCUUCGCGGUGUUCCGCCUCGUCUCGUUUUGCUUCCAGCGACACAUCGCGAAGACAAAGAGGGAAAGGCGCAGCUCAGACAACUGCUAGGUAGUUUUGGGAAGUCUGCUGAUGGAUGGGGAAGAUGAUAAGGGGGGGUGAUUACAUAUCAGCGGUGGUGUGGGAGCGCGACCACUCCUACGACAGAGCAGGUAUUGAUGAUUGCAACGCAAUUUAAGGUGAGGAAAGCUUCCCCUUGCGCAGAGUACAUGAGAUCCGCGCAAGGUACAAUGCAAGCAGCGAUUGAAAUCCGAGGUAAGGCGGAGAGCCAGGCCAGCAACUGGGCCUGGAGGACGGAUUGAGGUAGAGGUGAGAGAGUGAGAGAGGUAGAGAGAGAGAGGAAGAGGGUGGUGGCAGAGAGGAGGGAUGGUACGGGAUCGACGGGAAUUGGCAGAGGGCUUGCUAACCGUAGAACGACGCGAAGGUAAGAUGAUUCAGGAAAGGGAACCAGGGAACAGAAGAGAGAGAAAGGAGAAAGGCAAAAGACAUUCAAUACUCACCUGUGUUAGUGGUGGUAUUCGCAGAAGGCGAGGGCGAAGCGCUCUGCAUCUUCAAGCUCCGGUUCUGACUCAGCAUGAAGU